AUGGACUCGGGUGUCGACCUCCAAGUUGACGGCAAUCGUCCGGAUGAUCCGCCGACCCCGCCGACGCGCCCUCCCGUAUACGCGGAGCUCCACCAGCCCGACAGCCAUCAUGAACUCCAUUUGGAAGCCCCGCCCGCCUAUGCCUACAAGGACCGCGGUCCUCUCCCGCCGCGACCGAUAAUACUCCCUCCCGCCGCUUACCGGGCGUUUCCGGCGGUCGUCAGCCUGCACAGAAAGCCAUCCAUCAACGUAGCGGACAUGGGCACGUUGAAGCUCUGCGAGGACGAGAGCGGCGACAACGUAAUAUAUCUGGUCAAAAUACACGACAUUUCGGUCCACGCGUCCAAGCUGCUCAGCUUCAAUUCCAACAGCUGCGUGUUCGUGCCUUGCCUGCACCCGACCACGACGCCGUUUGCGCGAGAGGUUAUGCGCGUGGUGAAGGGCCAAAAGACGGCCACUUUUCAAUUCUCGUUCGAGGUUGGCUCGGAUGGCCUGCGGCGCGACACGUUUGAGUGGCGGAAAAGCGCCCGGGAUCCCGAGAUCCCUUCCAACGGGUUUAAGCUUGUCCGACUGGCCCCCUCUUUCUCCUCCACGACCACGCCACCUCCGACCGAGAAUGUAAGCGCCGAAAGCGAUCCGAGCACAAGUGAUAGCAGAGAACGCUUCUCAAGCGCGAGCUUCGCCUCUUGCCGCACCCUGGCACCGGGCGAGGAGACGGUAGCCGUGCUCACGUGGGGAAAGGUGCCCGUGGUGGGAAAACACGAGUUUACGCUCCGGUUUGUGGGCAGUGGGCUCACCGGAGAGUUUGGGCAGCGCUGGUCUCUCGCGGUCGUCGCCACGGCCUUGCGGGUCUGGAUCCUGCGCUCGGAUGGGAGGACGACUAAGGCGAGCUUGGCGAUUGGUACGAGGAUGUGGGGGAUCCUAGCUGAUAUGCUAUUGUAUGGGGACAUGAGUCAUGGACGAUUCGAACAGCGAUGGUUCGAGAUAUUCGAGUCUAAAACUCUAUACAAGUAA